AUGUCACUCAAGGCCGCAGCCAAAGAACGCCUGUUAUGGGCGAUCCGGCAGGUCGUCGUCCCGUUUGGGCGUGUUGUUAUGUUGGUUGACCAGCACAGCCUACGCGUAGUAUCGGCGUGCUGCACGGUCAGCGAACUGCUGGAUGAAGGCGUUGACCUCGUUGAACUCAUCACUAAGAGGCGGCAGCCGAUGAAAAAAAAGGUGGCUGUCUACUUGCUCAGCGAGGACAUGAGAUCUGUCGAGCACUUCCUCGAGGACUUCAAACCACGCUCCGAAAAAUACAAGUCGGCGUUUUUAAUGUUCAACUGCCACCUAGAUGACGACCUCGCGCUGCGCAAGAUUGCAGAGGAGGUAGACACAGGCCGAGUGCUCGGAUGCGUAGAGCUACAUCUCAACUUCAUCGCAUACGAGGAACGUGUCUUCCAUGGAAACAUGGGAUUCACGUUGUUGAGCCUCUACCCAACCCACAUAGGCAGUAUCGCAAAAUCCAUCGCUUCGAGGUUGGCGUCACUAUGCUCAGUGCUCGGAAGCAUGCCGCAAAUCAGGUAUCAGGCAGUGGCGAGCGGACUCCCGCAGCUCGUCGCAAAAGCUACUUCUGAGCUUAUAAUGGCUACAGCUGAUGAGGUGGCACGUAAGCCGGGUGACGUGUUGCUUGUGCUUGAUAGGUCCAUCGACCCUGUGCCAUUGCACAUCCAUGAGUACACGUACCAGGCAUUUGUGUACGACGUCUUGCGUAUACCCUGUUGUAGCGAUCCGGUCGAGCAGAGAAAGGACGACGUAUGGGAGUUCGACUAUGUAGCCUGCACUGGGAAACGCGAAAAUCGUGGAGUUAUGUUAUCCGGUCAGACGGACGUGCUGUGGACGCGAUUCAAACAUCUGCAUAUUCAAAAGGUCAACGAGGUGAUAUCGGAGGAGGUCGAGAAGUUUGCUGGUGAAGCAGCCAACGGCGCACUGAACAAUGCCAAAAACACACGCGAAGUGUUGAAAGCUGUAAGAGAACUUCCGAAGACGCGGUAUUUGGUGGAAAAGUACUACGCGCAUAUUACGCUGACAGAACGUUCGUUCGAGCAGCUUGAAGCCAAGAAUCUCGUUAAGGUCGGCGAACUCGAGCAGGACCUUGCCACCAACGUCGACCGUAAUGGCAACAAACUGAGCCAUACGAAGGCGCUUCAACAACUCAACACUCUCCUUGAGGAUGUAGGAAUUGACGACGAAACCAAGAUGAGGCUCAUCUUGUUGUACGUUUCUGUUUACCGAAACGUCACGCAAACCCAUGUUGCCGAACUGCUGACGACUGCCCGCCUUUCGAGCCUUGACGCAACUGUCGUUGAAAAGUUUGUAGAACUUGGCUUGGGUUCGGUGGCAACACCUUCGGGGGCAGCUAUUUCACCACGAUCUGCCUCAUCGAGUAAGGUAUCCCACCGGCUACACGACAAAUGCGACGCACAUACAUAUUACAAAAAGCACGCCAGAGGAGGAGAGUACGAACUAUCACGAUACAUGCCCGAUAUCAUGCAUGUUAUAGGACGAGUGGUUUCCGGUACGCUAGAAGACGAUAAGUUCCCCAGAGUGCAGACGGACGCUGCGGAUAAACAGCAAAGUCCGAGAGGUGGCCGCGUCAUAGUUUACAUCGUAGGUGGAAUAACCUUCUCCGAAAUGAGAACUAUCUACGACAUGGCCGAAAAGAUGCAGGCAGAUCUCUACCUCGGGGGAGAUUCCAUCCUUGUGCCAAGUAACGUCUUAGAGAACAUGAAGCACGCAUUCUCUGCCGUGGAGAAAGCCUAG